AUGUGGGAGUAUAUGUUGAUGAUUUACUCAUCACCAGAAAUAUUGAAAAGCAAAAUUGAAGAUUUCAAGUUAAAAAAGGCCAACAUGUUCGAGAUGUUUGAUAUGGGCCUGCUCUCGACGUAUUUGGGCAUUGAAGUAUGUCAAAACUAAUAAAUUUAUCUCACUCUCACAAAAGCUGUUUGAACUGAAAAUUCUUAAGACAUUUGACAUGAUGAAUUGUAAUUCAUCAGUUACUCCUCUUGAAGUAAGACCCAUCAUGAAUUAAAAGGAAGAGACUCAAUAAAUGUUGCCACUUACAAAAGUUUAAUGGGAUCAUUAAGGUAUGUGACCCAUAGAAGACUGAAUUUGUCAUUUAGUGUUGGUUUUCUCAAUAGAUUUAUGAAAAAUUCAUCAGCUGAACAUCUCAAGUGCACUGAACAUGUACUGAGAUACAUUAAAGGCACCUUGAAUUUCAGUCUGAAGUACAAAAAAGAGAAGAAUUUUGUACUUGCUGGCUUCUGUGAUAGUGAUUAUGGAGGAGAUACAGAGGAGAGAAAGAGCACGUCAAGCUUUUGUUUCUUUAUUGACAACAGCCCUAUGACAUGGGUUUCACAAAAGCAAAGAAUUAUCGCCCUAUUAUCCUGUGAAGUUGAGUAUAUCUCACUCCUUUGGCAACAUGUCAAAGUGUUUGGUUGGUUGAAUUUCUCAAAGAGUUAA